AUGGACUUCCACCACACCAUCAGACCAGUGCUGUUCGUUGUUCAACUAUUCGGCCAAUUUCCGCUCCAGGGUAUCCUUAAGAGUGAUCCCUUGCGAUGGCAUUUCCGCUGGUGUUCGGUCCAGACGGUGCUCUUCGUGCUACUGGAACACGUCGGUCUAUUCCUCUGCUACAUCGAGUACGAUCGGCUGAUGGUGAUCGGUGUCAACGCGGACAACCUGAUUGGACCCUUGUUCUAUCUGGACGUGAUGAUCAUCAUGGGGUUGCUGCUAAAAGUUGCCUACCAGUGGCCCUCGAUGGCGUCCAAGUUCCAGCAGGUGGAAGCCCUCGAGACGAUGCAGUACGACGCGCAACGGCACGGGCGACAAGGUGCUAGAAAGAUCCGCACCGUUGCCCUGUUGUUGACAUUUGCCGGAUUUGCUGAGCACAUGCUAUCGAUUGGGAAGACAAUGUACGCUAAGGUUGAUGAGGCACGUGUUUGCAACUGGAACUAUAGUAACUUUCCCGAAUACUACGCCCUCCGGACAUAUGAGUCCUUUUUCAUCCGUGUUCCAUACAACUUCCCGACGUUAAUAGUGCUAGAGUACGCAAACACAGCCCUCACGAUGGCGUGGACAGUCCAGGAUGUGCUGAUCAUCAUCAUCAGUGACGCGAUCGUCGGUUACUUCGAGCGCAUCAACGAACGGAUUCAGUUGUACUGCUCUGUGCAGGUGGUCGCGAAAGAAAAGUUCUGGUGUGAUAUCCGCUCCCAUUACGUCACCGUGCGAGAGCUCCUAGAGCAGGUGAUGGCCAUCGUUUCCCCACUGCUGGUGGUAUCCUGUGGCACUAACCUCUAUCUUAUCUGCUAUCAGCUCUUCCACAUCGUCGAGGAACAGAAAUAUAUAGUCCAUACCAUUUUUGCAUACUUCUCGCUGCUUUGUGUCAUCACACGGGCGUUCCUAACCAUGAACUACUGCUCGGCCGUUCAUGAGGUUGCACGUAAGCCAGUUGGCAUGUGUCGUCGAAUUCCGUCGCAGAGUUGGUGCAGUGAGCUUCAGAGGUUUCAUGACCAUAUACGUAAGAAUUACAUCGUCAUCAGUGCAAUGGGCUUGUUCAAUAUAACGAGGAGAACAAUGCUGACGAUGCUUGGAGCGGUUAUAACCUAUGAGCUUGUGAUGCUGCACUUCGCCAAAACGACCGAAAAUCAGGGCGUCGUUAAGGAGUGCUCUAAAACACAGUUCUCCUACGAACCCAAGAUGGAAUCCACGUUAGCCGCUCAAUCCUUAUAG